AUGGAGUAUUUUUUACUUGACAUUUAUGGUGCCUUCAAUGCUAUUGGCGUUGGAUUCUCAUACAGAAACACUUGCACGCGAACUUUUAGAGGAAGAACCUGUGAGGUAAAAAUAAGCGAAUACAAUUACCAUCGAUUGUGCAGGAAAGUUAGGGCUCGUAACCACAAUAUGGUUAAUGCGGUUUAUACGGUUGGAACUAUGCAAGAAGAAUUGGAAAGAGCGGCAGAAACCCCUAAUGCAAUGUGGGGAAUGGUUAGGAAUCGAGUCAAUAGAAGGCGAUAUAUGAGAGCAGCGGGAGGAUUACGUGUAGUUGGGAAACGAAUAGGCAUUAAAAACAAUAUACAAGUAAUUCGGUUCGAAGAGUGUUUUGAUGAGUAUGUACCAUAUGAAAGGCAAGAAUAUAGAAGCUUUCUAACAAGAGAGGGGAAAGGGAUAAUUACUAUUUCACAAAAUAUGGGGUAUCUACAUGGCCGGCCGUUAAGCGUUACACUUGACGAAAAUGUUAUUAAUCGUGUUUUAGACCCAUAUAUCGAUAAAUUCUAUUAA